GUGAAGUUUCCUAAAAAAAAAAAAAAAUUUGACUGAAGUUGAAAUUCUAGUUGACUGGGUGUCAACUUCUACAAACUUUGUUAUCUCUUGUAUGUUCUUUUAAGGAAUCAAAACUGUCUGCUACUGACAAUUCUUUUGUAUUUUUGGAUGGUGGGGGACUGUGUUCAGAAACCUCUGGUGCUGUGCAGAAGACUAGUGAAAAUUUUAAGGAAAAACUAAGAAAGCUUGGAGGGCUUGAUGCUGUCUUUGAAACCAUCUUGAAUUGCCUGUCAGAUUUGGAGGUGUGAGCUUGUACCUUCGAUUUCAUUUAUGCUUAACUAUAUUGUUUACUGCUACUUUUGUUGUAUUAUUAGCUUGGUGAAUUUGCUACUUUCUCAUUUGCUUGGACUGAAAAGAAACUUGAGUUCUCGGACAACCCCAUUUUUUUUUGUUGAGCUGGUUAUCACUCUUGUCAAGAUUCUCUCAGAUCUAUUUUUACGUCAGAAUUCUUCUGUAACAUCCAAUAAAUGCCAGCGACGGGAUCCUUUUUCUAUGAGAAGUCAUGAUUCUGAUUUGGAUUUGCUCACAGACCAAAAGGAGAAUGGGACUGUAUUCAGUAAUUCCACUGGAAUGUACUGUGAUAUGGAGAGAGACUCUUCUAUGAAGAAUUUUAAACUUCCACGGAAGAGUUGGCUCUCAAAAUGUUCUCAGUUGAAAGGAUCACUAUCCACUGCUGAAACUCCCAGCAAUUCAAAGACUUUCAGUACUGAAUCUUGUUGUGCUGUUGCAUCAACUAGUGGUUCAAAUAGUAAAACAUCCAUGGUCGACGUUGAUGUUUUAGACAAUAGCCGAGAUCCAUUUGCAUUUGAUGAGGAUGACAUUGCACUCUCUAAGUGGGACCAGCUGUCAGGGAAUAAAAAAACAUCUCAUUCUAAAAGAUUUGAGAUGACAAACAGAGAUUUUGAAGAUGGAUGUCAAUCUCAGACAAAUGGGAGUCAACGAGUGUUGAAUAACAAAUGUUCCAGCUCUUACAUCAGUCAUGAAGCAGGUUCCAGCCUUCUCACCAAUUGCCUUCUUACUGCAGUUAAGGUGCUGAUGAAUUUGACUAAUGAAAACCCUGCUAGCUGCCAGCAAAUUGCUGCCUAUGGAGGACUGGAAACUAUGCCUUUGAUAAUUGCUGGUCAUUUCCCUUCUUUCAGCUCAUUACCGUUUUCCUUUGUUCAGAUAAAAGGAAAUACUUCCAAAAUUCCAAAAGACCAUCAACGUGAUAGGCAUCUCACUGAUUUCCUUGUUGCUAUUCUGGGGCUGCUUGUAAACCAGGUAGAGAAGGAUGGUCAUAACAGAUUACGGCUUGCAGCAGCCACUGUUCUGCUACCCACCUCAAAAGGCUUGGGCCAGGCGCAAAGGGGUGUUAUUCAAUUGCUGUGCUCUAUUUUCUUGGCUAACCAAAGUGGAGGUGAUGGAGUUGAGGAAGAUAAAUGUAUAACUCUGGAUGAUGAGGCAGCUGUUCUACAAGGUGAAAAAGAAGCUGAGAAAAUGAUUGUGGAAGCUUAUUCAGCUCUGCUUCUAGCCUUUCUUUCCACAGAAAGCAAAAGCGUCCGCAAAGCAAUUUCUGACAAUCUUCCACAUCACAACUUGUCUACUCUUGUGCCUGUGUUGGACAGAUUUGUGGACUUUCAUUUUGCCAUGAACAUGAUUUCUUCAGAGACUUAUGAAGCUGUUUGUGAAGUCAUUGAAUCAUGUAGAGUUACAUGAAAGUUCAGCAAAUGUAAAACUCUGUACAGCCACAGAUUGCUUUAGAUGACUGAGGAAAUGAGGCUUCAACUCACUUCAUUAUACUGACCAUUCUUUUCUGCAUUGUUUCCAUUUUGCAUUCUGGAUAAAUAAUUCCUCCUUAUUUUUACUUCACCAACUCGGUGAUGCUUAUAUCCUUGUAUACAAAACUUUGAUCCUGGAAAUUUUUUAGUAUAGUUUCUGUAAUCAAUAGUGGCAUUCUUGUUUAUUCAUUCACUUUCUUGUAUCAGAAGCUUAGUAAGAAAGUCUACAUUCUCUGUUUCCUCAUGUGAAGAUUAAUUGGUCUUACUUUACUUAACUGGUAUUUUUCUUAAAACCUAGUUUUUUGCUGUCGAUUGUAAUUGAUUGUGAGAUUCACUCUUCGAUUUCACAACAUUGUCAUACAAAAUUUACUUUUUUUCAUAAAUAUUUUCACAUAUAAAUGAGAUAAUUCAAUAAUAAAGAAAAAUGUACAAGUUAUAAUUUUGAUGUUAUUUUAUCGUAGUGAUGCAACGUUUCAUUCUUAGAGACAUGAGAUUUGUAGGUUGUGUUUUUUAGGCUUUUUCAUCCGUCAAUCAUGGUCAUUUUGCGCGCAUCUCAACCGU